CUAAAAUACAAGAAAUGUCAUUGAAUUAUAUAGUUUCCUUUCGAGAAAACUAAGUAUUUCUUCAACAUGGAUCAGCUGUUAGCUUCAAAAUGGCUGCAGUACAUAAUUUGCACCCGGUGUCGAAUGUAACAUAACUUAAUUUCAAUUGUAGAGUAUUGUAUAAAAUGUGGUCUCGAUUGUAUGGUUCGAACCAUGCAAAUUUUGAUGCGGUAUUUAAAAACUUUUCGAGACACUAUGCCAAAAAGUUCGUUCACGCAGCUAGACGCAAAAGAAAAAUUAUUAACCCUGAACCAGAAGUUAAGAGGAGUGGUAUACCGAUAAUAACUUGCAAAAGAUCUAGUUUCAACUUUUAUAAAGGCGAUAGAUAUGAUAAAUGGAAUCCAGUCUUGGCAAGUCAGUCGUGGAACAACAAGUCCUCUAGAGGCGAUUAUUUUUAUAUACAUCCUUACGACAUUAAUAACAAUGAUACAGAAGAGCAAACUGGAAUUGGAAAGUUUGAAGACCUUAAUUUAGAUUCUCAGUUAUGUGAACGAUUGGAAGAUUUGGGUUUUGAAUGUCCUUUGGAGAUUCAAAAUCUAACGAUACCAAAAAUUCUUAAAGGCUGUAAUGCUGUAGUGGCAGCUGAAACAGGAUGCGGUAAAACACUAGCAUACAUGUUGCCAUUGAUAACAAAAGUUUUGAGAUGGAAAGAAAUGGAAAAAAGAGACAUGAAUUGUCCACUAGGUUUAAUCGUAACUCCAUCUAGGGAAUUAGCAGUACAACUUGGGCUCGAGUUGAUUAGGUUAUCUAAAUGUCUUGGUAUUAACACCAAAUUAAUAACGGGUGGAAGAACUAAAAAAAUGAUGCGGGAUCCCCCUGUUGGGAACGUGGACAUUCUCGUUUGCAGUUUUGGCGUGAUUAGUAAAUUAUCCACAAUUGGAAUCUAUAACGUGAAAUCAGUAAAAUUCGUCGUGUUAGACGAAGCCGAUGCGCUUCUUCACGAAACGUUCGAAGAGAAGUUACAAGUCUUCUUAAAGAGAAUUCCUAUUGGUUACCAUCAAACAUCAUCCGUGGAUACGUUGCCGACUAGUGCUCAACUCAUUCUAGCCUCUGCGACGAUUCCUUCGCGGUUAGAAACUGUCUUGGGCAAAAUCGUAAAUGUAAACUCUUUAGAAAACAUAACGACGGAUAAGCUACACAAAAUAUUGGUUUUGCAAAAGUUCAUGAGACUAGGUCCGAGUCAAAAAGCGGUGGAGCUCUUAAAAUAUAUAAAACCUAAAGUUUUAAAGAACCAACCUGUAAUUGUAUUUAGUAAUCAGGCUGAUACGUCAUAUUGGGUAUGCAAAUUUUUACACCAGUGUGGAGUAGAAGCUACAAAUUUAAGUGGCGAAAUGUCAUUAUACGAACGACGCGGAAAGUACGGAGAAUUUAUAAACGGUACCACAAAGGUGUUGUCAACGACGAACGCUGGAUCGAGAGGUUUAGAUACAGUAAUGGUUAAUCAUAUUUUAAACUACGAGUUUCCACUGGAUACAUCCGACUAUAUUCACAGAUGCGGCCGAACCGGUAGAAUAGGUACCGUAGGGGAAUGCAGAGUGACAAACUUUAUCAGCAAACCGGGAGAAAUCGUUGUGGUUCAAAAAAUCGAAAAAGCGGUAAGGAAAAUGAAACCAUUUCCCAUUUUUAAUCUUGUGAAUAAACAAGAACAAGAAGUAGAAGAAGAGGACUAUACAGACGAGCCGAUCGAAAAUUUAGAUUCUGUCGACCAUAUACCGUAUUAAACUGUAAAUAUUUUCUGCAUCGUAUAUGUAAAUAAAAACAUUUGAUUUUUCGUAAA